CAGACAUGUCACUUUACAAGUCUCUUCACAGUCAUGAUGCAAGACUGAUCAUCAUUCUUCAGGGAAAAUAUUCACUGAAAAGAAAUGAUCCGAAUAAACAACACCCAGUACUUCCACUUCCUGGAGCAGGCAGAUGCUCUUCGUCGCUCUGGGUCUCUCUGUGACGCCGUAAUCUCAGUAAAGAGUCAAACUUUUCAAGCUCAUCGGCUGGUGUUGGCUUGUGCGAGCAGGAGACUUGCGCAGCUUUUAGCCCGUGGAGACACAGACAGCCCAGUUCACUGCACCCUGGAGUACUUCUCACCCCACACCUUCCAGCAGGUUCUUGAUUUCACCUACACACAGACUCUAGAGGUUUCUGAAGAGGACCUGCACCUGCUGCUCAGAGCGGCACAGCUACUGGAGAUGCAGCUACUGCAGGAGCAGUGCUGGGAGCAGCUGGACAAUCUCCCCUGCAGAGAUAUAAAAGAAGAAUUUUCAGAUGUCAAAGAAGAAGAAAGUGGAGAGGAUCCAAAGCCAAAAGGUAGUCCGGUUGGGGAAAAGAAACUUAGAAAGGAGUCUUUGCUGAUGGAAGAGGAAGGCCGCAGCAUCAUCACAGAAAACAGUUCACCCUCUGAUCCUACAGAGCACCACAACAGUCACCGAUCCUCAAUAAAAAAGCCCAAAGUGUCCCCUGUGUCCUACGUCAGAGACAGUGUCAUCAUCAGGCCUGACCCUAGCAGCUCAUCUUUCUCUCCCCCCUGGACUUUCCCUGCAAACAUGUGGGGCUCUGUGAGCACCCUGAGGCACAUAGCAGAGUAUGCAGCUCACCCUCUUCAGCCCCAAAACCAGUUUACCCUCUUCCCUCCCCACUUGCUCCCCCUACUUGGCUCCCAUUUCCAAAGCUCUGUUAUGGGCUACUCAGCCUUUCAUCCAGGCUACACACAGAACCUGCGCCCUGUGUCCAGAGGGGUGGGGAGCAUCAUCAAGCAAGGCCUGUUAAAACGAAAAAAAUCCAACCAUAGAGUGCUCACAGGGGCUAUUCAACCCAAACAGACAAGUUACCAUGAGGAACCAAAAUCCACCACUGAGAGGGUUAAAACCUGCCGGCACUGCAGUACAAGUCUCAAUGUUGGUCCAGCUUCCACGGCAUCAGGAGUGUGUCAGUUCUGCAGAAAGGCUAAAGUGUUGCAGUGUGAACCACAAUCCCAUCGACAAGAACACAGAGGAGAAAAACCGUACCAGUGCCAAAUCUGUCCCAAGAAGUUUAGUUUGAAACAUCAACUGGACACACACCACCGAGUUCAUACCGGAGAGAAACCAUUCGAGUGUCUUCUCUGUGGUCAGCGCUCACGGGACUACUCAGCCAUGAUCAAGCACCUGCGGACUCACGGUGGGGCAGCACCUUAUCGGUGUACAGUGUGCCUGGAGUUCUGCAGCAGCCUGGUGGCCAUGCAGAGACAUGUCAAAGGUCACCCAGUGCAGGACUUUCCCCCGGACUGGAGCAUCAACAACACCUACCUGUACACCUCCCACAUCUGAAUAUCACAUAUGAGGUGACAAAGCUCUCAUAAGUGUAGCUUUAACUUAUCCUUCAUACAAACAUACAAUCAAAAGUGCCUCAUACACAGCACACACAAACAGAAGUAAGUCAAAAACUGACAACAGUUUAAAUUUCACAAGACUUAAAAGUGACUGCAAUCGAUGUUAAUAUAUAUGUAUAUAUCUUUUUUAAUUAACUCAGAAAAACUAUGGAUGAAGUUGCAAAAAUCAAUGAUGAAAUCACAUAUUUCUGUCAAAACCAUGACUUCAAAUUUAAAUUCAGAUUAAAUGGAUAGGUUUAACUUUUAAAAAAAAAUUACCCAUAGUGUUCUUGCUAGAUAAAAAAAAGUGAAAGAGGAUCACUAAAAAGAAAUGUAAAGCUUAUAAACAAGUAGAAGAAGUUUCAAAUCCCUCCUCUAAGAAAUAGGUAGCUUAAGCUUUGGGGUUGUGUGUUCCAUUUUGUUUUAUGAGUAGAUAUUCUGGCAUCAGCUUUCUAUUGUGUCAUAUUGUGUUAUCCAGCAAAAAGGGGGUUACAAUUGCUCAAAUGGUUGAUAAUAAAAGUAGGUAAAACUGUUUUCAUGAAACAUGGAUAUCAUCUUAAACCAGAGUUAUGCAUUGCAAGAUGUUCUGCUUAAACUUACACUGCUUUGUAUUCAAAUGUACAACAUUAUAACAGCACUUCUUCCAAUGGCAUGCCUGGCAAAAGUUAUGUUAAGAAAAGUGAUGACCAGAUCUUAUUAGGGGGUGUUUGUGCAUUCAAGACAGAUAAACAGCUAAUCUUCAAUGAGAAACAGGCGUCUCCCUUCUUUCAUUAUUACUAGACCAGAGAGUUUAAAUUAAUUGUGUAAACUCAAUAAGUUUGACCUAGGUUUAUUGUGCCCUCGUGUGGCCAACCACUGUAACAGCCAUUAUUUUCUGCACACCAAUGCAUCACAGGGUCAUAUUGAGGACAGUGGCUAAGAAGUCAUAAUCACUGUUAAUACGUUUCAUAAUUAAUAGAAUGCAGAAGCAGACCACAAUCUCUAACAUGUAUUGUGGGUACGUCUGAAUCUCUGCCAUUCAUACUUACUGAGAAUGACCCCUUCGAAUUGAAAGUCAAAUGGAUUUGCCAGAUUUGGCCUAAUGCACGCCCAUAUAGCAGGUGGGCCAGGUUAAAUUCUUUUCCCACAUGUCAUUCUCCCACUCUCUCCCAGUUUCCUGCUCUAUCCAAUGUGUUCUGAAUAAAGAUGUAAAAGCCCCAAAAUUAUCACUUAAAAAAAAAUUUAAAAUUAAAUGUAUCCCAGUCAAAGUCGAAUACCAGCCUUUAAAAAUGGUGACUGCCCCUUGUUCCUGUGUUAUUUUACUGAGAGAAACGCAGGCGAAAAGGCUGUGAGAGUUUUCUUCUGCAUAAGUUAAAACAAUCUUGAACCUUCUGACUGCUUGUGAAAGAAAUGCCAGGCGAAUCCCAUAUGUGGAAAUGUGGUAGUUUCAGUAAGACAGUGCUGACGCACUUUCACAGUCAGGACUGUGGUGAGGGACAGAUGGGGUAACUGGACAGUUGAUUAACAUUCCUUUUACAGGAAGAAUAACGGUUUGAAUAUUCUGAGUAAAUAAGUCUGGGUAAAUACCAAGCAGUAUCUAGCAACUACUAUACCUCUCUAAAAACACCAUACAAGUCACAGACUGUGAAGAGCUCAUGUGUUUGCACUGUGCGUAUGAAGUAUACUAUUUAUAAAGCAUGUUGUUUCCUAGAUGGAGCUUUGAGUCCUGUUUCCACUCGAAGCUUCUUUUAUAAAGCAUUAUUUCAAUGUUUUUGGUGUGAAAAAUAAAUGUGUGUUCAUUCAACCACUGAUUUGAAUUGAUUAAUAUGUGAUAAAUAUGUGUAAAAGAAUCCCUGUGAAUCCAA